AUGAGACGUAGAGAGAAUAUACAAGAUCAAUUUCCUCGAGUAGUUCGUUCAGGAGGACAAAAACCGAAACCUUUCCGAGAUAAACAACAAAAAAAUACAGAAAAGAAGGAACAGCUUACUCUGGAAGAGAGAGUUAGUCAGUUGCCUGAGCUACAGCGUAAAGUAAACGAAGAAUGGGAGUCUUCUGUGAACCAUAAUCCUCCGGUUCAUGCAGAAGGAAUGUCCAAAGUUGAGUUGGUGCUGCAUAAGUUCGAUAUGACAGCUAAAUAUGGACCGUAUUUAGGAAUGACGAGGCUUGAAAGAUGGCACCGAGCGGAAAGAUACGGUCUUCAUCCACCGGAUUUUAUUCGUCACAUUCUCGAGUUGCCAGAGGCAUACGAAGCCAAUAAUGUCCGAAAAUCCCUGUUUUACAGCGUAGCAUCCACAAAGUGA